AUCUUAUCAAAAUCAGAAGAACCGAAAGGUAAAAAGCUUUUGGUUUUGGAUAACACACAGGGAAUACUGUUGACACUGGGAAUUUGCAAUGGCGGUUUCAUCAAUCUCUUCUACUCUAAUUCCUUCUUUACCGAUCCAAAAUGCUUCUUCACCCAAAGUAAAGUUCACUUUUCUUUCUCAUUCUCCACCACUAUCUUUCAACCACUUGAAGCUCUGCAAUAACUCCCAACUUUCACAAUCACCCACCAAGCUUUUUGCUUCCCCUGAAGCUUUGGAAGACACGCCUGAGGUAGGAGUUUCUGAGGUACCCAGUUCUUCCUAUGUUGCAGAAGCAGACAAGGCAGCACCUAAGCAAAAGAUUAGGAUUAAACUUAGGUCAUAUUGGGUCCCCUUGAUUGAGGACUCUUGCAAGCAGAUAAUAGAUGCUGCACGGACUACGAAUGCCAAGACCAUGGGUCCGGUGCCAUUACCGACCAAGAAGAGGAUCUAUUGUGUUCUUAAAUCCCCACACGUGCAUAAGGAUGCUAGGUUCCACUUUGAGAUCCGGACUCACCAGCGCCUUAUCGAUAUUCUCUACCCAACUGCUCAAACAAUUGAUUCUUUGAUGCAACUUGACCUUCCUGCUGGGGUGGAUGUGGAAGUCAAGCUUUGAAGAAGCCACAGUGUGUGUAACUUUAGUUAGAUUUUGUACAAGUUGCUAAAGAUGUCGUUUUAUUAACAUCCAUUUGAUUUCUUUUCCUGUUUCUUUAUUGUUGGUAAAAAAAUUAAACAAGUUUCUGCAA